AUGUCUGACAAAGCUAGAUACGCAUUAGAAAAAUCGAUUCCUGAGCUUGAGGACUUGGAGAAGAAGGGUCUUUUCAAAAGGAAAGAAAUCAACAUGAUAGUUCGUCGUAGAACGGAUUUUGAGCAUCGUAUAGCAGGACGUGGGUCUAAGCCUGCAGAUUUCUUAGCAUAUGCCAAAUUUGAAAAGAAUGUUGACAGAUUAAGAGCGAAGCGUCUUGCAAGAAUUAAGGACCACAUAGAUGGAGCUCCGAGUGUGAGUAACUGGUCAAUACCUCAAAGGAUCUUAUUCGUGUUCCAGCGUGGUACUAAUAAGUUCCCAAGCAGUAUGGAAUUGUGGGCAGCUUAUUUGAAGUAUGCAAGAAAACAAGAAAGUGUGAAGGUUGUGUACGACGUUUACUCCAAACUUCUAUCAUUACAGCCAAGAAAUGUUGAUGUAUGGUUAAGUGGAGCCAAAUGGGAGUUUGAGUACAAUAAAAACGUCAACGGUGCUAGAGCUUUGUUCAAGCGUUGUCUCAGGUUUAACACAGAAGAAGAAAGAGUGUGGUUGGAGUUUCUCAAAUUUGAGUUGAAUUAUUUGAGUAAGUUAUUGACGAGAAGGAAGUUGUUACAAUUGGUUAGUGAGCGUUCACAGUUGGAGGACUUACAGGGAAAUGAAGCACAGAAGGAAGUAUCAGGAGGAGAAAAUGGAGCCAAUGAAAAUGAAAACAUAGUUGCCUUAAAUGUUGAUGACGAUGAAAUCAAUACAGACCUCAACAAUUUACCAGAAAUGAACGUAUCAACAUUAGGAAGCGUUGAGGACAACCCAGUGCUUCGGGGUGACUUGAUCAUGGCCAUCUAUGAUGUAUUCAUUCAAACAAUGACAAAGAGAUUAGCCGAACCUGAGAAAAGAGAAAGAACAAAAGGUCUUGCUUAUAAAGUACUCUCCCUGGUUGAUAAAUUCGAUAUUUUGGAUCGAACUCAUAUGUGUGACUACAUCAUCCAAGAUUUGAUCCAGAGGUAUCCUGAAGAUCCGGUCUGUUUAGUCUUACAGUUGACAUUACCUCUACGGUAUGUUACCUUGGACGACGAAGCAUUCGUCAGCGGCCUUCAGCAAAAUGUGAAAUUCUAUCAAGCAUGGGUGGCCAAAUCUAAGCUUUCUAAUGAAAGCAAGGAAAAAGUCAAGGAAGCUUAUAUCAAGUACAUCGAAGAACGAUUUUUGUAUCACUCCAAGGGUGAAAUCAGAUCGUUGUUGGAAUUACUAACAAAGAAACUUUGA